UAUCAACAAAUCCAGCCCAGCCAGCUCACCAUGAACCAGGAAGUGACUGAAGAGAAUAGAUAUGAUCAGGGAUCAGACAGACUAGCAUGGUUUUGGAGGAUCAACAAUGGUGGUGAUCUUCAUGAGGAUGCAUGGAUGAAUGAAUUCUAUAGGGUCAAUUGGUUAAAAGCAAAGGCUAGGUGGCAAAGGUGGGAAGAAGAAUUAAGUUUGAUUUGGCAUGAGAUGGGUUGGACAGUUGGCUGGUUUAGGCAUAAGAUGGGUAAAUGGGAGAGAAGGUAUAAAGAAGCUACAAAGCUUGGGCAUAAAGCUUAUGCACAACGGCAGGUGCUUUUGUGA